AUGGGUCCGUUAAUUCAACGCCCCCCCUCAACUAUGCCUCGUCAUCCAGUUCAUAGUUACCAAACUCCUAUGGCAGAUCCAACUUUAAGAUGGCAAGUUGCUCGUCCUCUUGAUAAACUCGCUAACAUGGUUGCAAGUACAAAUCCCAGUCUUUCGAUUCCCCCACGAUGGCCAACACCAGGAGUACCACCAUCCACACCUUUACAAACAAUGAAUGGUCACAAUUCUUCUCAUAUCACUACAACAUUACCUCCAUCACCAAUGUACAACGAACAGCCAACGUUCACUUUACUUCAGAAUAGCCAUCCACAAGGAUAUCCACAACCAGGAUGGAUACCUCCUUACAAUGCUUACAGCCAAAUAGCACCUAAUCAGUCACAAUCUCAGCCAUGGAACGGGCAAACAUUUUCUCCCUAUCCUUACCAACAACCUCCACUAUCAAUUCCACAACAGCAACAACAACAGUUCUCUAAUCAGCACUUGUAUCCAGUUAAUGAAUUACAAACGGCUCCUCAUAAUUAUAAUCUCUAUAAUUUGAAUCCAGUACCGCCUACGGCACUUUUGCCCUCACCAAUUACCACUUCACCAAAUUUUCCAUCUCCACCAUCCCAUAAUAUUCAAACAUUAUUAAAAACUGUGCGCCCUAUUGAACAAGUUGUUACCGAUACAAAACAAGAGCCAUCACCUAUUAUUCUCACAGAAUUAUUGAAAAACGAUAAACUCGCAAAUAAUAUCAAAGAAUCGGUGGAGCAAACGCCACCGCUGAAUGUGGAAGAUGGAACCAAAUUUAUGAUUGGUGAUAUUAUUAAAGGAAAUAUUUUAACAGAUACAUAA